AUGUCCAUCUACAUGAACUCGAUCCACCCGUCUCUCGUUGGUGCCCGCACUACGCGCUGCUCGAUCUCCGAAGGAACAGGCUACUACGCUCGCGCUGCAAAUGUCCCGACGUGUCCGCCCUUUACUGCUUACUCUCAUGCUGGGCUCGAGCCCGUUUCGAAUAUGGUCGGCGGCGCUUCCCAUUCUAGUGCUAGGCCUAUCACGUUCGACUCGCGUGGUGCGCCGGCCUGUGGACUCGGCGUCCCGAUUUUGACGCUUAUCAAGGACGGUGGGUCUACGCUCGAGGCUGCGACUGACUCUCUUGGGCUGUACGUUGGGAAUGCGAAGGAUAUCAAGCUCGUUCUGAAGUGGAUUGAUAUUCCUUGUGAACACACGGUCGUGAUUGAACACGCUCCUGGCCAAAUGGUCUCCCGCGCUCAGCUGGCUGUCUUCGUCGCGCACAUGGUUUCUUCAUAUGUACAGACUGUAACUCAAGCUGGCGGCUCUAACCGCCUCGCUCAUCUCCUUCGCAAUGAUUCACUUUUACUCUCUGGUCUCUGGAACGUCGCUGGCGACGUUUGGACGGCCGAGGUGCUCAUGAAGACAGCCUAA